AUGCAGUUGGCCGCCAGACGGAUCCGAUGGAUGUGUUUGUUGUGCGCGUGCGCGCUGGCCGAUCAACGCGUCAACACCGCGAACAACGACACUGCACAAACAGGGUUGGGAGAACAGUGUUUCCAAGACGACACGUGUCAGUUGCACGACAAGCACGCGGUGUGCGCACAGGUGGACCACAACGCAAUAUGCAAGUGCAAACAGGGCUACCACAUCGUUACCGUUUCCAGGCCUACCAACGCCAGGAGCAGUUUUUGUGCCCAAGACGAUUCGGACGGCAAAGCUGGCGGUUCGUCGCUGCUCGGCGUCGUGGUCGGCCUGCUAGUGUUCUCGGCGCUCAUCUGUUUCGGGCUGCGCCUGUCCACGGCCUCCAGACCCCGGCAUUUCCCGACCACCAACUUAUAUCCGAACAAGCUGCUGUGCUCACGUCAAACUAAAGCGUCUUCGAGCAAACAUUACGGAACGUCAGACUCUGGGGCGGCCAACGGCCAACAAGAAGACGAGAGCAGUGCUGGUCAGUCGGAGGCCAAAGACGAUGAGACCAGCAGGGUAGGAGCUGCCAGGGCAGCUGCUUUCAUAUUGAUCUCUUGCCGGCCGUCCACGUCGGAGUCACCAACGGCCUCCCCAGGCAGGGCAAAAAGGGCGAAAAAAUUGGGUUACGGCCGCACCGGCAGCGAUCCAGCUGUGCACAGCACAUCUUCAGUGAAAACAUAUAACUUGAAAUGGUAUCAAAGGGACCAGCAGAGAAGGCAUUCGACAAAGAACAGAGAAGCAAAAGGCACUCCACCUAGUCAUUGUUCGACCGAACAACUAAUACAAAAUAGUUCUAAAGAUGAGUGUUCCAGAAACAGUCAGACCACGUUGAACUCUAAGGACAAGUCGAAAGCGUCGUCGGUGAGCCGCAUCGAACACAGAGCGCUGGUCCAUCAUUCGGCAGCGGCCAUUAGCGGUGGCAGUAGCGGAAAUAUCCCGGAACCCGCGGCGACAGUCGAGCCAUCGGAACAGCUGCUACAACGUCCGGAAGGAAUUAACGCACAGGGGACACGAUGA